AUGUUCUCACAUGCGGAUUUCGUGGGGAACAGUGUAACGGCCGUGUUUGAAGACGACAGUCAAGCGGCGGGAACAAUUGUGAUCGGAACGGAUGGGAAUUCGUCUCGGGUUCGCCGUGCUGCUCUGGAGCCUGCAAAUUUGGCCGACUGGGAACCUCUGCCGGUCAACAUGGUCAAUGUGACUACCACUUACACUGCGGAGCAAGCUCUCUAUAUUCGCAGCAAGAUACAUCCGGUGGCCGACAUUAGCAUUCAUCCUAAAGGAAUGUACUAUCGAUUGAAUAUGUUCGAUAUUGCAGACUCAGAGAAACCCGAAAGUUGGAUAUUCCAACUCCUGUCAACAUGGCGCAUUUCGGAUGAAGACGAGGAGGUAAGCCCUGAAAAGCGCCUGCAAAAGUUCAAAGAAAUGGCAAUUAUUCAGCCGCACCGCAGUGCGGCUGAAUAA